CUCACUCCGCCACUGGACGGCGUUGUAUGCUUCGCCUCUAUUGAUACGGAUAUAUUCCUGCCAAUUUUCGUCCCCUACCCUCGGUCUCAAAUUUAAUAUCAUCUUCAAAUUAAUAUUGGAAAUUAAAAAAACAAAAUACAAAGAUGCGGCAAUCACUCCUGAGUGAUUAAGUUUUAUUCGAGUAGCAAAUGAAAAUGCUGUUCAUUUUCAAGCUUGCAACUUUCGGCUUCAGUGGGUGGGUUGAGGCGGGCGCGCCUUCUUCUUUUGAGUUCGGAUGCCAUGGGGAUUGGAGAAUGAAAGAGAAAAUAAAUAAAUCACAACUGUAGGCUUCUCGAGCUCUUGAAUACUUCCUGAAUCCGGGGUGACCCAAUUUUUGAAAAACAACAGAAGCUGAAAUAAUUCUGAGGAAGAACAGCCCCAGGGCAUUCAGAAGGCGAUGUUUCUGUGAGACGUUGUUGUCCGCAAGUGCUGACUCUUCAAAGUUGAACACAUGGAGCAAGAGUCUGAACCUCCUGAUGUUGCGGGUGCAGCUGCAGACUCCUCGACUGUGCCUGCGCCCGAACAAGAGCUGGACGACUCUUUUCCGCACACUGGUGCUAACGCCAGUACAGCAGGUUGGCGAAAACGCUGGUCUGACGCAAGCAAGUCCAAGGCAUGCAGAGUAGAGACAAGCCCUGAAGAAGAUAGUGAGGUCGAUUUUUUCGGUGGUAUUGGAUCAGCAGAGCCUGGUGACGGAUUGCACAGUGACAAGUUUUUGCAGAUUGUUGAGAAUUUCGGCAAGUCGCAUUCUGGCAUUUGGCCUCACGCAAGAGAAGUCCAAAAUUUAGGUCAUGCUUCUGCCGAUGAAGGGGCCUCUGCCCACCAAUUAGUGACAUUCCAAUCCACAUGAAGGCGAAAGAACCGCCGCCUUGCAUCUUCAUGAAGGUUGUUCGAAAGGGUGAUUCUGUUGCGUACGAAGAAGACAGGUCCAACAAACGACUGCAAGCGAUACAGUCCUGGUGGGAGUUGUUAGGAACUGACCUGGAGGCAAGCACUGUAGGCAGACAGGUUAUUGCAGAAGCGCCCCAUGCUAGUGUUGCUGCGUUUGCAAGAGAAUUGUUGGACGCAACCUUCGCACUAAAAAGUCCAGGGACCCUGCUGAAGAGGCUAGGCUCAGUAAGAGGCUAUGUGCAGUGGUGCAAAGAGAGUGGCCAGGGCAACUGGCUGCCAUUAGUAGAAAGGACUGCGUGGGAAUAUGUCCGGCGCCUGCGUGAAACAGGUGCGCCGGCAACUCGAGCUUAGAUUCCUCUGGUUCAUACUAGGCGUCAAUGGUGCAGACGUGGUGGAACGUUCGCCACGCAUCAGAGGCUUGAGCUCUGUGCUCAAGUCAAAGAAAGCGCCUUGGAGGCCCGCUGACCUUUUGACAGUAGCAGAAGUUGAAAAGUUCCACGCGAUCCUGCACGAUGAGAGCAAGCCCCUAGGAGACAGGAUAAUUUCGGGUCAUCUCCUGCAUUUGCUCUACAGCAGGGCUAGAUGGUCAGACAUGCUCGCUGUGAUGAACUGGCACAUUGAUUGCUUGGAAAAAUAUUUGCAGGUGGAUAUCAAAAUUCACAAGGGUUCGCGAAAUGCUGAUACCAAAAGCAAGCUGUUGCCAAUAGUGGCUCCCUGCACUGGUGUAGUUCACGCCAAUUGGGCGACGAAAUAUGCCGAGCUGCGGAGAGCUGCCGGCUUGUCGAUGCCUGCUGACAGAUCGCAAGCCCUGCUGCCUGCCCCCAUGAGCGAGCAUGCGACCUGCUGGACGUCUAGGCACAUGGAAUCCAGCGAGGGUUCGAGGUUCAUGCGUGAGCUCUUAGGUGCGCCCAGAACUGCUGAUAGGAGAGUGUCCACUCACUCGCUGAAGUCAACAGCCAUUUCCUGGGCGUCAAAGUACGGCCUUACAGAGUACUCAAGGUUCGUGCUUGCAAGGCACACUGCGACUGUUUCGACCGCCACUGCUGUCUACUCACGAGAACUGUUGUCGCCGGUGCUGCGCGAGUUCGACACAGUCCUUGAAGGGAUUCGCAGCGGUGCACGCAAGCCGGCUUGUGACGAAGCAGCAAAGGAAGAGCAGGAGGUGUGCCAAUGGUCUGAUGCACACUUUAGGCCUUCACCGGUUUGCAUCGACCUAGAAGAAAGUGCUUCUGAGACCACUGAGUCGGAUAGUGAGCAGAGCACGUCAAGCAGUGACUCUAUCACGGAAGCGGAAGGAGAGAUGCACGUGUCGAUUUUCGAGCAUCCUGUCCAGACAUGGUACACCAAUAGGUCGUCGUUAGUGGUGCACAGGCUUCGUGAGGGAUAGACCUUUCGGUGCGGCAGAAAGGUGACGGAUAGUUAC